GUUGCUAUCAUCUCGUGGUCCCCAACCAGGUAGUCUACACUUACCAACAUGCCUCAGUCCACUUGUCAGUGACUUCAUGGACUUGUGCCGUGUUUUGGUUUGGCCGCCUCUAGCUUUCUUCCAACCUACUCCUAUACCACUGAACAUCGCACGUCGAGGUAGUCGGUGAUUGGGCAUACGUAACACGUGUCCCAGCCAUCUCAACUGAUGAAGUUUCACUACGUCAUCAAUUGAUUUGCCAUCCUUACCUAGUACCCGUUUUCUAACAACUGUGUUACUUACUCGAUGGUCCCAUGAUAUACGAGCAAUGUUUCGAAGACACCUAUGAUCGAAUACUAGUAACCUACGAAUAUCCUCUACUCUUACCGGCCAUGUUUCACUGCCAUAAAGUAGGACGGAACGAACUGCUGCGCAGUAAACACGUCCUUUGGUUGAUAGACGGAUAUCUCGCUGUUGGGAUACUCAGAAGAAUAUCCCAAAAACAAUUAUCCGGUUAAGUCUAACGCUACCCUUGAACGUUAAAUGGUGUCAUUUCCCUAUUGGUCGUUUCCCUACUGAUCAAUAUUUAUUUCGCGUGUCAUUUUCCUAUUGGUCAAUAUUAUUGAACGUGUCAUCUUUCUGUUGGUCAAUAUUUAUAGUAAUCCUAACUGUAUAAAUAUGCAUUUGUUUGUAAAUCAUUAUUCUGCUGCUCCUGACCCCAUAAACGAUUUUUCAUCUACGGUUCGUGUUCUGAUAUAUUGGAGAUUGGGAACAGUAUUGGGGUCGAACUGGGAUAUCUGAAGCUAGUCAAUCGGUAGAAUUUAGAGUAGCCAACUCACGAUUCAUAAUAAAUUUGGCGACGGAGAUUGAGCAACAAGUUGGUGAUUAACUAUGGAUCCAGCCAAAUUAGAAAAAUUGUUCGAACAGCAGCUGAAGCUGAUGGAGAUGAUUACUCAGACGCAUAUAUCUUCUCGAGUCCCAACUGCACCGACAAUUCCUGAAUCAGUUGAUGGUAUUACCAGUGGUAUUUCAGAAUUUCUUUAUGAUCCUGAUGCCAACAUUACAUUUGAUACCUGGUUCAGACGUUAUGAAGACCUUUUCAAAGUUGACUUUGCUGACAGAGAUGAUUCGUGGAAGGUGCGUCUUCUUCUCCGUAAACUUGGUCCAUCCGAGCUGGAUAAGUAUUGCAACUUCAUUCUACCGCAGAACCCACGCGACCGUUCAUUCGACGCCACUAUUCAGUCCCUUAGCCAACUUUUUGGUGAUCAUCACUCACUCUUCAGUACCCGAUAUCGCUGCUUAAAACUGGUCAUGAAUGAGUCCGAUGACUUCCUGACCCACGUCGGCGUUGUUAACCGUGAGUGCGAACGGUUCAAGCUCAGAUCCCUCACUGAAGACCAAUUCAAGUCCCUAAUACUCAUAUGCAGUCUUCAGUCACCCAAAUUCUCCGACAUCAGAACUCGGUUGCUCAACCGCCUUGAACAAGAUCCAACACUGACACUUAAUGCGAUCAUAGACGAAUGCCAGCGUAUCAUCAAUCUGCAGCGUGACACCACUUUGGUUCAAUCUGGGGGCCAGGGUGGUUCCGAAGUUCAUGCUGUUCAGCACCAGAAAAAUCUUCGAGAUCGACAAACUCGAGUCCUUCGAACGCCAGCGCUGUUUCUAUCUCUAAUCACUCUAAACCGGUUCAGAAGAAGCCCCCCUCGCCAUGUUGGCACUGUGGAGCCUGGCAUUAUGUGAAGUUCUGUCCAUUCAAACAGCAUGUGUGCGAUCGCUGUCAGAAAGUUGGUCACAAAAGCGGCCUUUGCAAAUCCAACCGAUUCAAUAACCGUCGAAAUGCACAGACGCAGCGUCGUUUUCACAAAAAGCCGAUUACCUCAUCAAGGAGUUUAGCAGCAGUCUUCCAUACUCAUGCCGCGACUCGACGCAAAUUUCUGACCCUCUCAAUCAAUGGUCAGCCUGUUCGUUUGCAGUUGGACACUGCAUCAGAUAUCACCAUUCUGUCGAAAAAGACUUGGCGAACCUUGGGUCAACCUCCCAUCAAACCAUCCUCUCAAACAGCCGUCAGUGCCUGUGGGGGUCAUCUCCGCCUUCAUGGUGAACUCUAUUGCUGUAUUUCAUUCAGAGGUACAACCUUCAAUGGGACAUGCUACAUCACCAAUUCUCCGCUCAACCUUUUAGGUUUAGACUGGUUCGAAGAACUUGGUCUCGCUGAUCUUCCUAUUAGCGCUGUCUGCAAUCAAGUCCAAACUACUGCUUCUACACAACAGCAUGCUGAAGACCUUCGAAAACGAUUUAUUGAACUAUUUAGGCCUGGUCUCGGACUUUGUUCCACAACUGAAGCUGUCUUAAAACUGCAGCCAGAAGCUACGCCAGUUUUUCGCCCAAAGCGUCCAGUCCCAUACGCAUCUUUACCUCUGGUUGACGCUGAACUUCAACGUUUGGAAACUGAAGGUGUCCUAGUACCUGUUUCUUAUUCAUCAUGGGCUGCACCAAUUGUGGUUGUAAAAAAAUCCAACGGCUCCAUACGCAUCUGUGCAGACUUUUCUACAGGACUCAACGCGGCUCUACAACAGCAUCACUAUCCGCUGCCGAUCCCAGAUGACUUAUUUACUAUUUUAAAUGGUGGUACCUACUUUGCUAAGCUGGAUCCGGCAGAUGCUUACCUUCAAAUCCCAGUCGCUCUCGAAUCGAGAGAGUUGUUGACAAUCAACACUCACCGAGGACUUUUUCAGUAUACCCGGUUACCCUUCGGUAUCAAAACUGCUCCAGCGAUCUUCCAGCAGAUCAUGGACACUAUUCUGGCAGAUGUUCCUGGCGUUGCUACAUACCUUGACGAUGUGCUCAUUGUCGGCUCAACUGCUGAUGAAUUGCAUACCAGAACCCACUUAGUUCUGCAACGCCUCCAGGAUAAUGGUUCUCGCCUUCGCCCAGAAAAAUGCCAAUUCUUCUUACGUUUCAUUAAGUACCUGGGGUUUAUCUUUGAUGCUUCCGGAUGACACCCUGAUCCUCAAAAUACUUACGCAAUCCAACAAAUGCCUGCUCCCACUGAUGUCUCCUCACUGCGAUCAUUUUUGGGGAUGAUUAGCUACUAUUCAGCAUUUCUUCCAUCACUGCAUGACGUACGAUAUCCAUUAAAUCGUCUGCUAGAAAAGAAUGCUACUUGGAAUUGGUCAAUGCAAUGUGAAUCAGCUUUUUCAAAACUUAAAGCCAUGCUAAGUUCCAAUCUUCUGCUAACCCACUACAAUCCGAAACUACCCAUUGUGGUUGCUGCUGACGCUUCAACACAUGGACUGGGUGCCGUAAUCUCACAUGUCUUUCCCGACGGGUCAGAGAAAGCGGUGAUGCACGCUUCGAGAACACUAACACCUGCUGAGAAACGCUACGGCCAGAUAGAGAAGGAAGCGUUAGCCCUAAUUUUGCUGUCCGGCGAUUCCACAAAUUCAUUUAUGGGCGCCGUUUCACCUUGCUCACAGACCACAAACCUUUGUUAUCAAUCUUUGGAUCAAAGAAAGGCAUUCCUGCUCAUUCUGCUAAUCGUCUUCAACGUUGGGCGUUGGCGUUAUUGGGGUACGACUUCGACAUCCAGUAUCGACGUUCCGAAGAUUUUGGUCAAGCGGAUGCACUGUCCAGACUUAUCAGUAACCAUUCUACCACUGAUGAGGACACACUCAUAGCCAUAGUAUCAACCGAAGAGGAUUCCGGUGCUACACUAUUGGCGAAUGCCGUUCGAGCAAUGCCUGUUACCGCUGAAGAUGUUCGGGAAGCUACCAGAGAAGACCCGAUUAUCCAAGAAGCGAUCACCUAUGUUCAUAGCAGAUGGCCAGUUAAGCAGCUGAGUGGUGAUAUGCAACAACUAGCGAAUCGUCGCAGCGCUCUCUGUAUUGUUAACGAUUGUCUGAUGUUCGGUGAUCGCGUAGUAAUUCCAACAACCCUACGUUCCAAAGUCCUACGCCAAUUCCACUCUGGACACCCAGGGAUAAACCGUAUGAAAUCCAUCUCUCGAAGCUAUGCAUAUUGGCCAAAUAUGGACAAGCAGAUUGUCUACUUCGUCAAAAGAUGUUCACAUUGCCAAAAAGCUGCGAAAAAUCCUCCUAAGUUGCCUCCAGUGCCCUGGCCGAAGUCAGAAAAACCCUGGUCGCGAGUGCAUAUUGACUUCACCGGACCCCUAGAUGGUACCACAUAUCUGAUACUGGUUGACUCAUACUCCAAAUGGCCGGAGAUAUUGCCGAUUGCGCCACCCUCUACAACUCGAACCAUCAAACUCCUUAAUCGGAUCUUCGCUCAGCAUGGUCUUCCAGAAACAAUAGUAACAGACAAUGGUUCACAAUUCACAUCUAGCCAAUUCCGAGAAUUUUGCCUGCAAAAUUCGAUCAACCAUGUUCGUUCUCCGCCAUAUCACCCGCAAUCUAAUGGACAAGCUGAAAGGUUCGUUGAUACAUUUAAACGAGCCAUGCUUAAAGCACGAGGGGAGUGGACCACAGAAGAUAUCAUAGAACGAUUUCUAGUUGCGUACCGGACGACCCCGCAUGACUUAUUGCCAAACUCCAAAUCCCCUGCUGAGAUGCUUAUGGGGCGAAAACUACGGACAGUUCAUGGUGCGAUGAAACCCAAGCAAGUGGCCCGGCAAAGCCUCCAGAUGAAGAAUACUCGAAUUCCCUACGAAGUUGGUACAAAAGUGUAUGCGCGAGAUUAUAGACAUGGAUGUGAUAAAUGGGUGGAGGGUGAAAUCACACAAAAACAUGGGGGCGUCAUGUAUGAUGUCAAAGUGAACCAAGAAAUCUGGACCAGGCACCACAAUCAACUCAGGUCAAGGGAAGCGAAGGAGAAAGAAGCAAUUACAAAACACGUCCCACUCGACUUGCUGUUGGAUACGUUUCAACUUCCGCCAAUACCUCCAACAGAGACGACUAAGUCAUCUACUCAAGUAGAACAUCCUUCUGGUUCUGUGUGGUUGCCUCGGAGGUCGGAUCGCAAAAGAAGACACCCAAAGAAACUUCAAGUAAACCCUCGGUUACGUCGCUAUUAACUUUUCCAAAGGGGAGGUGUUGGGAUACUCAGAAGAAUAUCCCAAAAACAAUUAUCCGGUUAAGUCUAACGCUACCCUUGAACGUUAAAUGGUGUCAUUUCCCUAUUGGUCGUUUCCCUACUGAUCAAUAUUUAUUUCGCGUGUCAUUUUCCUAUUGGUCAAUAUUAUUGAACGUGUCAUCUUUCUGUUGGUCAAUAUUUAUAGUAAUCCUAACUGUAUAAAUAUGCAUUUGUUUGUAAAUCAUUAUUCUGCUGCUCCUGACCCCAUAAACGAUUUUUCAUCUACGGUUCGUGUUCUGAUAUAUUGGAGAUUGGGAACAGUAUUGGGGUCGAACUGGGAUAUCUGAAGCUAGUCAAUCGGUAGAAUUUAGAGUAGCCAACUCGCGAUCCAUAAUACUCGCCUACGCCAUAAAUGACGCAAGUUGGCAAAAGCUAGUCGAGCCUUCUGUAUCCGUGCUGACAUUUCGUCACACACCAGACCACAAGGGCUGAUGAGACUUUCAAGAUAAGUGAAGCGGUCGACACAAUCAACUACUUCACUCCCUAUCACUAGUUCGGGUGUCGAUGUAACCUAAUCCUGAAGCAACAUUUUGCAUUUCGAGGGAGGGAAUCGCAUCCCGAAAAUCACAUCCCCUCAUUCUUUGUUUUGAAGGUUACUUUGAUGAUUCUGGAUUCAUGAGAUUUUCAUCUUAUAGGUGGUUCUUCAUGACCGGAGUACAACACCUCUCGCGAAUCUAAUUCUUUCUGUCCAGCUUGUGUUUAAUGGGCUGUACUUAUUCCGAGAACUGCCAAGUUGUAUCUUAUCAUUUCCGUAGCUAUUUGACUUGUCCUCUCUGUCUCCCACAUUGUCCAUGUAACCAUAUUAAUAGUUUUUCUGUUUCUCAGAAGGAGCAUCGGCCUCGUGACUUCCGAGGAAUCUUGGCUUUUACCAUGGGCCAUCGUCGUAGUUCCUUUUAAAAUAUGAAACUUCUACUUAUUAUGCGUUCUAAUCCAUGUAACUGUAGAGUUAGUAAUUUUAAACCGAUUACCUUAUUUUAUGAUUUGAAAAUUUCAAGUAUUGGGUUGUGGAGAUUGUUGGAUUUUAUUGAAAUCAUGAGCCGAUCAAUGCUAAACCACCACUGAAAAACUGGGAGCACUGGACGGUCUCUUCGUCCUAGUAUAGGACUCUUCAGCAGUACUCACCCACGACCCCAUACGCGGGAAUUGAACUUUGGACUUUCGGUCUCGAGCACAAACGCUUAACCUAUAGACUACUGAACCUGUAUACAACGGUGUUCAAGUUUAAGCUCAAUAAAUUCAAGAUGUCGCGCGACCUCGCGUACAUGGUCGCCGAUGUUCACUGUUUGGGAGUUCCAUAUUAGAACGAAACGGAUGUUAAUAAGGCAAUCCUUAAGGUUUUCAUUGGUGGUCUAACAUUGAUCGGCUGAUGAUUUCAUUAAAAUUGAAUAAAUAUGAUUACUGUCAACAUGUCAAUCAUAAAAUUGUUGAAAACGUAUAGGGUUUUUCUUAGAUGAGAUAAUAGGGUUGUUAUGGCAAUUGUAGUGUAUAUGUUUUGUCCAUGUGUACAUUCGUUCUUGAUUUAAAGAAAAACAUCGAUCGUAGUUAAACAAGGUUUCUUGGGACUAAAAAAACACAAGUUGAGAAUUCAAUGGAUACACCUAAUUAUAUACAAAUAUUUAAUAGUUCAGUGUAAGUUUUGUAACCACAAUAAUAAUUAGCUUGUAUUUGUGAUGAAUAAAAGUGACUGGUAAAUAAUAAAUAGCAUGACAUUUAUAAGCUUCCUUAGAUCUGUUCUGCUGAUGAACGUUUUUAGAGCAAUUUUUAUAUCGGUGUCCGAUAAUGUUAAGUUAUAUGUAUUGCUUGGAUAACCGUAAUCAGUAGUUGAAGAUGUUGGUUAACAUGACUCAGAAUCGUUCACUGUGGCGGAGAUGCAUCCACUGUAUGUCUUCUUUUAGGUAUUCAGUUUCACAAGUUACUCUACACAUAAGUAUUUGCAUUCCUUCUCGAACAAUAUUCUCAGUGUUUUUCUUCAUUAUGACUGAUAUUACAUUUAUUUAGAAAACUUUGGUAUUUAUCUUGUUAAUUUUGCGUUCUUGUGGUGACUUGAUACUGGUAUGUAAAAUAAACACAAAUUUGUUCCAGAUUGUACGUAGAUUAUAACCAAUGUGAUUGAUAAACUAAAUUAUUCAAGGCUGGAUAGACUCAGUGAACACUGAGUGUUUGUAAUCAACUUAAAAAUGAAAUUCAUGUCAACAUUGUAUCACUCAUUGAGCAUUUUCUUACUAUUAGUUCCGAUCGUCCUAUUUUCUUACUUUGAUAUUUAUUUGUUUAUCCUCAGUAAUUUGCUUUCUGUGUUUCCUCUCCCUUUUUCUUAGUUACUUAGCUUUAAUGUUGAUCAGUUGUUAUUAUUAUUUAAACAUUAAUUAAUGAUGCGUGGUGCUUGCUAACCGACUCGGGGAUUUAUAAACCAAUCAUUUUAUACGUUUAAUAAUUUUUAGAGAGCACCAUUUUAGUCACUUUUUGUCUACACACUAACCUAUGUAAAUUUCUAUAUUUAAUGAUGAGACUUACUAUUCUUUCAUGUAGAUUGACAUUCAGACUUAGUGAAUAAUUCAUUUGUUCAUCAGAUAAAUUUCUUAUUGCAAAAUUACAUAAACUCAGUAUUUGGGAAGGAUAAAUUUGUCAAGUUCUUUCCAGUUAGUGCAGUAUAACACUUGUGUUGAUAUGCUUAGUUGUCAAAAUCUAUCUUGAUAUUGUAAAUUUCUUGUCAUGUUUUGUGGUGGGAUUUCUGUGUGGCCCCUUGAAAAUGUUAAAUCAGUGUAUGAAGUCAUUAAUUAUCAAGUCUGAAAUGUACAGAAAAGUUCAGGUUUUUUGCUCAGUAUCUUUUCGUUCUUUUUAAAAUAACAUUUCAGGUUGAUACUCCGAUCCUCACUUCAACAGAUUGUGAAGGCACUGGUCAGAUGUUCCAAGUUCAAGCACCUGCGCUUAAUGAGACUAGAGAAUCCGAUAGUUCAAGUAUAUAUUUAACCGGUAGUGCUCAGAUGCAUUUGGAAUCUCUUGCUCUGGGUUUAAGUAAGCUACUACUUGAUCGCCAGCAGCAGCGUUUCAGAGAGAGCCAGUUGAAUGUUUUGGACUAUUUACGCAUGCGACUGCUAAAUCUCCCAUGUUUCGGAGAUGUGAAAGGAAUUGGUGAAUUGAUUUCUCACUUGCAUACUGAACUCGAAAAUGACUGCAGGACGUAUGAAUAUGAAAACAAAAGCCUCUAUGAAUCCCUGAUGAUCAGUAAUGCAAACGAGGCAGUUGCUCAUGAUCCGUCCAGCGAUUCAGAAAUGUCCAGUCCAGAAUCAUGCCCUGUCGUGGGUUCAAAUCCCACUGUGCCCGAAAGAUGUACAGACAGUGAGUCAUCCAGCUCACAAGAAGAACCUCUCGUGCCAGAAAAUGUGUCCCGUGCAUCAAAUAAUGGUCAGAAAUCUAAUACGAGUUUCAAAGAUGCUGUUUAUUUUAGUGAUCUAUUAUCCACUAAUGGAAUUUUGAAGAGGUCUGAUGAAUAUGUUUCACAAAAAUCAAACCUUAAUGACCUCAUAUCUAGUGUCGCUGAUCCUCAUCAUCUAGUCAGUUCUAGUGGACCCUUUACUCAAUGCGGGAAAUAUGCUUUAAAUAGAAUCAGACUAACUGUUACUUGGGUAUAUGAGGACCCAACAUUGUUUCGCGGGGGGAGGACGGACGCAGAAAAUUUUAGAAUCCGGAUAUCAACUCCGGAAUUUCAAAAAAAGGGGGAGGUGUUAUGGAUGCAGAAUAAUAUACCAAUAAUUAUCGUGUUAAGUCUAUGGUGGCCUUGGAUUUUAAAUGUACAUCCCCUAUUGGUUGUUAUUUAAUUCAUUCGUUACAUAUUGUAUAAAUGUUGUUUUCUGUUUUAUGGUAUGAUGUGGUUUGUUUGUUUGGUAUAUAAAUAGAGUAUGUCUGAAAUACAAUGAUUCAUAACUCAGAAGCUGUGACUUGCGUUCUAGACUCAACUGGCUGGGCUAGACAGGGAAGCGGGACCAAUCGGGACUCUAGGUCGUCCGUACGUGUUUACGUGUCAUUGUCACCGAAUCGGUCAAUAAAACGCUGCUUAUCAAACCUGCAGUCACCCGUUACAACAUAAUCAAUUAAAAUUUAAUUGAUUGGGUUUUCAAGUUUGAGUUAGUUUGCAAGCAAAGUCGACGUGUUGUUGAUGAAGAUUUGUCCUCAUUCAUGAUUCGACUGAACUGACAAGUUACUAUUAUUAAAAAAAUUAGAGUAUCUAUAGUGAAUUAAUCCGUAGAUGGAAUCUUAUCUAGCCAUUAAACUGCUAUGAAAACUACUAGUUGCCAAACUUCACUAUCAGGAUCCUUAACAACACAAGGAAUUCUUUCAUAAUAUACAAUUUUUAAAUCUGAAGAACCCCACUUAUUACUAACUGACUGAAAACUCCUAUCAGUACGUACUUUUGAAGAUCUUUUUAAAUGCACCAUUUUAACACUAUACAACCUUCUCCAACUAUCAUGAUCGCAAAUAUAUAAUUAUUAAUAAAACACAUACCAUACAAGCUUUUGACAAAAUUUAAAAUCUUCAUAUGAAAAUAAGAAGAGAAGAAAUCAACUAAAGCAUAAAGUGAUGAUCUAUGUUGAAAGCGAACUAAAAUGUUUAUACAUUGAAUCCAACAUUUCGAGCUGAGAAUUCAAGUACAAGACAUCAUCUUGCAGAAUUUUACAUGCUUGAAGCAGAGUCAAUUUACUUAGAUAAUAUUAAUUCAUUAUGUAGAGAAAUUGAAAUGUUAAUUAAAAAGAUAUUAAAUGAAUGUUUAGAAAUUUAUCCUAUCUCAGGAUGUAAUGAACUCAAUGCAUUACAGAAUGAUUUAGUGUUGAUUCGAACAUUCCUUGGAAGUCAAUCUGAAUCUGAUAGCCAUUCCCAAAGUUUUCUAGUUGAUUCUGCUCUGGAGCUCAGAAAUGUUUUGGAAACAAUGCUGAAACAACCGUUUGUUUGCAUUUCAUAUUCUGAAGCCAUAGAGUACUUGAAUAAAGAAAUGGGUACAGCUGAUCUUACUACUUCGAAACCUCGGGAUUUGAACAAAAAAGAGGAGUACAAAAUCCUAGAUUGGGUUGGCGGGAAUCGUCCUGUCUUCAUUACUCAUUUUCCCAUGGAACUUAAACCAUUUUACUGUCAGUCAAUUAAUGGUAUUGAAGCUGAGUGUGCUGAUUUGUUAUUUCCAGGGAUCGGCGAACUAGUUGGCGCCAGUGUCCGUGAGAAUGUUGCUUCUCGUUUACAAACACGCAUGAAAUCCAAUCAAUCACAGUGGUACAUUAAUUUACGUGGUACUGGUAGUACUCCCCAUGCUGGUUUUGGUCUUGGCUUUGAGCGUCUUAUGCAAUUUGUUUUGGGAAUAGCUAACAUUCGAGAUGCAAUAGCAUUCCCAAGAAAUGCCAAUAAAAUUAUUUUCUAAAAAAGUCUUUUACUUUGAAAGCUACAUAUUGAUGAAUGUUAGGUGUUAAAGUCG